AAGAUAAUGUUGAAUUCCUCCAAACAAAUUCCCAUGAAAAUACCCCAAAACAAAUCCCUCCCAAAAAUUCCAAGCAGGUUUCUUCAACUUUGCGGGACAUUUGUCUGUAAAAUGACAGCAGAAAUGAUUGCUGUGUUGUAGGAAAGCCCUUAUGUAAUGUCCUCAUGUACAUGCAGCUUCUCAGGAGGAUAAAAUAGAACCAUCACAGCUCCAGGAUCAGUGAAGGUGUUUGAGGGUGGGGGUGUGUAUUCGUGGGGGUGUGUGACUGCCAUCCAGCUGUGCGUACAGACCCGCCCAUUCAUCGAAAGCGCCCGUGUGGUCGCAUAGCCCCUGUGACGCGGAUUGACCAGCCUUUCCUCCAAUGAAAACGAGUCAAAGCGUGACUCACCCUUCCCUUUAUCCAAUGGCAGCGCUGCAGAGAGGCGGCCUACAGGAAGCACACUUGGUUGAAUGGAUAUUGAAGCAGCAAUCAGCGGUAAAUAUGUUGUGAUGCCACGCUCCAAACAGACACCGAGCGGAUUGUACCGAGGCUACGGGAGCGCUCUGUGGCAAUGGAGGGACACUCCAUGACAAGAUACCGAGCUUCUACCCUUCUGCUGCUGUGUCUGUGCGGAUCGGUGUUUGUGCGCGCAGAGUGAAGCUGCAAAUCAAAUUAGGAGUCUCUCUCUAAGGGAUUGGGCAGUGAUGGACAGCUGUUGGACAUCGAUCUCUUGCAGAGGUUGACGCUAAAUUGACUGUUCCUGCUUCAUCAUGGACCGAGGAGCUGCUUUUUGCUGCUGUCAGGCGAGGAUGGUGAGGAGGAGAAGGAGCGGAUGAGUUUGCCUCUGAGCGUGGAUCGUGAUGAUGCUUUCUUGCCAAACGUGAGGCUCCCACAGCCGUACAGACUCCAACACAGGUGCAUUGGGAUAAAAAAAAAACUCAAUCAACAUGGGAUUCCCCUUUUUCUUCUCUCUCUCCACCUCCAUCGUUCCUGCCAUUAAACAUGUCCGCGGAUGUAAGGGGCUUGCGGAGUAAUUGAUGAUGUUGUGCUGUGAUCUGUGGGGACUAACUGAGUUGUGUAAUGGUUUUAUAUCAUCUAGAGCGCGCGCUGCCGUGCAACCUCUCCAUGGAUUGCUGUUAAUUGGGCCCAAUGAUGUAGAGCCAAGUCCACCUGGAUUUAAUAUUCCCUCCUGUAGUGGUGAAACUGACUCCCUUUUGACUUUUACGCAUGUUCGAUUGUUUUUAUUCCCAACGCUUUUCACCUCUCGUUGUUGUUGCUUUGGGUAAUUUCAUCUCUGAACAUUCUUAAAGGGUGGAUUCAAGUCGUAAUAGUUUGUGUUUGUUAGAUUUUAAGUGUCCAUGAUGGGGAAUUCGACUCAUAACCGAGAUUUAAUGAGCCCUAAGUAGUUUUGGGACGUCGUUUUUCAGUGGAUUAAACUUCCCCUGCAGCGUUUUUUCUGUCCCUGCCUCCUGUUAACUACUAUGUCCAGAUCAAACAGUGUCAGCCCACCCGGAAUCGGUGCGCCCGGGCUAAGGGGAGGGACCGAGCACAGAUCAGCUUGGGGAGAGUCUGAGUCUGUGGCCAACGGGUGCCCAUACUCAGCCAGAUCCCCACGCAAGAAGCUGAGCCGGGCCAACAGUCGGUGGAGGGACGAGGAUGAUCAGGAGCACAGGCAGCCCGGUAGAGCCUCCACCACCGUCAGCAGGGUCAGCUUCAGGUCCAGGUCGGCUUGGCAGGACCAUGGCGAGGAGAGCCGAGACAACAAACGCGCGUCCCCGAAGCGUCCAGACGGGGAGGUGAGACCCAAAUCCGUGGAGCUGGGUCUGGACGAUCGGAGAGCCAAGCCGAGGAGCGACGAAGAGGAGGUCAUGCCCGAAGUGAACUUUUCUCUCGUGGCGUGCUGCACCAGCGUCAUGCACAUUUUCAAAUCCAAGAAAUUCCAAUCGGAGAAGUUGGAACGGCUCUACCAGCGCUACUUUUUCCGCCUCAACCAGAGCAGUCUGACUAUGCUCAUGGCCGUGCUGGUGCUGGUCUUCACGGUCAUGCUGGCCUUCCACUGCUCCGGUGGCACGGGGAGGCCGAACGUCACUUACGUGGUGGUGUUUUCCGUGGCUAUCUUCCUCACGCUCGUGCUCAUGGUGGUGUGCAACAGGAACGCGUUUCACCAGGACCAUAUGUGGAUUGUAUGCUAUGUGGUCAUCCUGGUGGUACUCGUGAUCCAGGUGAUCGGAGUGCUGCUCGUGCAGCCCAGAAGUGCCUCAGAAGGGAUUUGGUGGACCGUGUUCUUCAUCCAUGUCAUCUACACUCUGCUGCCAGUCAGGAUGCGCGCGGCUGUCAUCACUGGAGUUAUUCUUUCUGCCAUCCACGUGGCUGUUUCGUGGAUGUUAAACGGCGUGGACAACUUUGUGUGGAAACAGAUAGUGUCCAACGUUCUGAUCUUCUCCUGUACAAACAUUGUGGGCGUGUGCACCCAUUACCCCGCUGAGGGCUCCCAGAGGCAGGCCUUCCAGGAGACCAGGGAAUGCAUCCAAGCUCGCCUCCACUCUCAGAGGGAGAAUCAGCAGCAGGAGCGUCUCCUGCUCUCAGUGCUUCCCCGCCAUGUUGCCAUGGAGAUGAAGGCUGACAUAAAUGCAAAGCAGGAAGACAUGAUGUUUCACAAGAUCUACAUCCAGAAGCACGACAAUGUCAGCAUCUUAUUUGCAGACAUCGAGGGUUUCACCAGUCUGGCCUCUCAGUGCACGGCUCAGGAGCUGGUGAUGACUCUGAAUGAACUCUUUGCCCGUUUUGACAAACUGGCCGCGGAGAACCACUGUCUGAGGAUAAAGAUCCUAGGAGACUGCUACUACUGUGUGUCUGGGCUGCCAGAGGCGCGGGCCGACCACGCCCACUGCUGUGUGGAGAUGGGGCUGGACAUGAUAGAGGCCAUCUCGCUGGUACGGGAGGUCACCGGGGUGAAUGUGAACAUGAGAGUGGGCAUCCAUAGUGGCAGGGUGCACUGUGGGGUGCUGGGACUCAGGAAGUGGCAGUUUGACGUCUGGUCCAAUGACGUCACGCUUGCCAAUCAAAUGGAGGCUGGAGGCAAAGCCGGACGGAUCCACAUCACUAAAGCCACUCUGAAUUAUCUAAACGGGGACUACGAUGUGGAGGCCGGAACAGGAGGAGAGAGAAACGCCUACCUGAAGAAAAACAACAUAGAAACCUACCUCAUUGUGGGCUGCAGUCAGAAAAGGAAAGAAGAAAAAGCUAUGAUAGCCAAAAUGAACCGACAGAGGACCAACUCUGUCACCCACAACAGCGGCCACUGGACCGACCGUCCCUUCUACAACCACCUGGGAGGAAACCAGGUCUCCAAGGAGAUGAAGAGGAUGGGCUUUGAAGACCCCAAAGACAAACAUUCCAUUUUCAGAAACACGCAGGAGAACCUGAACCCAGAGGACGAGGUGGACGAGUUCCUGGGCCGGGCCAUUGAUGCACGCAGCAUCGACCGUCUGCGCUCUGAACAUGUCAAGAAGUUCCUCCUCACCUUCAGAGAGCCUGACCUGGAGAAAAAGUACUCCAAACAGGUAGACUCCAGGUUCGGGGCUUACGUGGCAUGUGCCUCCCUCGUCUUUCUCUUCAUCUGCUUCAUCCAGAUUGUCACCGUACCUCCCUCAAACCUGAUGAUCGGCUUCUUCAUCACUUGUUUUCUUAUCCUCAUGGCUGUCAUGUUCGUCUCUACCGUGUACUGCUGCUUUGGGCUCUUCCCAGCCCCCCUGCAGAUGUUCUCUAAGAGUAUAGUCCAGUCCAGACUGCACAGCACGCUCGUGGGCGUCUUCACUAUCAUCAUUGUCUUUCUUUCUGCUUUCAUCAAUAUUUUCACCUGCAGCAGCCAUGACCUGCGCAGCUGCAUUAAAGAUGAGCUGAAUAUCAGCGUUAGCAGCGUGAACGCCUGUCAUGCACACCUCCUAAACUACAGUCUGGACACACGGCACAACUCCUAUGGAAACAACACCCUCAUUUGCAGCUUUCCCGAGUACUUCUCGUCCUGCGUUCUGCUCAGCCUGCUGGCCAGCUCUGUCUUCCUGCAGGUCAGCAGCAUUGGUAAACUCUUCCUCAUGCUCUUCAUCGAGCUGCUCUACCUCCUCAUCAUGGAGGUGCCCAAAGUAAACCUCUUUGACAACCAGGACCUGCUGGUUAUGGCCAAUGCUGUCAACAUUGUUGAGCACAUCAAUGGAACAAGCUGUGUGGUGGACAGCAAGGUUCCUCUGAAGAUCAUGACCCCGGUGGUUAUCACAGUCUUCGUCCUCGCCCUUUACCUUCACGCACAGCAGGUGGAAUCAACGGCCAGGCUCGACUUCCUGUGGAAGCUACAGGCUACAGAAGAGAAGGAGGAGAUGGAGGAGCUGCAGGCCUACAACCGCCGUCUACUCCACAACAUCCUUCCCAAAGACGUGGCCGCACACUUCCUGCAGCGAGAGCGGCGUAACGACGAGCUCUACUACCAGUCCUGUGAGUGUGUGGCGGUCAUGUUCGCCUCCAUCAGUAACUUCUCUGAGUUCUACGUGGAGCUGGAAGGCAACAACGAAGGAGUGGAGUGUCUGCGGCUGCUCAACGAGAUCAUCGCUGACUUUGACGAGAUCAUCAGCGAGGAACAGUUCAGACAGCUGGAGAAGAUAAAAACCAUCGGCUCCACCUACAUGGCGGCCUCCGGCCUCAACGACUCCACAUACGAUAAGGCAGGACGCUCACACAUCCGCGCCCUGGCCGACUAUGCCAUGAGACUGAUGGACCAAAUGAAAUACAUCAAUGAACACUCCUUUAACAACUUCAAGAUGAAGAUAGGUCUCAACAUCGGCCCUGUGGUUGCUGGAGUGAUCGGGGCCAGGAAGCCUCAGUAUGACAUCUGGGGGAACACGGUAAACGUGGCGAGUCGAAUGGACAGCACAGGUGUACCAGAGAAGAUCCAGGUAACAGCAGACCUGCACCAGGUCCUGAGCUCCUAUAACUACACACUGGAGUACAGAGGUGUGGUCACCGUCAAAGGCAAGGGAGAGAUGAUGACCUAUUUCCUCACCUCUGGACCAUCGAGCAGUUAACCCCAACUAUGACUCAAAUAGAAAUCUGACAUGACGAUCAGGUUUACGGACCUCACGGUGGACUGACACUAACUGAAGUGUCCCUUCUCUGGAUGUCAGUACCUUCUAAGGCCACAGUGGAGUUGGGUGGUAAAUUUACCCUAAAGCUCAGCCUGUGGAGGAGACAAUGAGCACCUCAAUCUGCCAUUGAGACCAAAGAUGUCCAAUGAAGGCGGACAGUACGGACAGAUUUUUCCAGCUGUGCAAGUCGGGGUCCUUAAGGAAAAUGCGCUUAUUUGGUGAUUUUCUGAGGACAAACGUGGACAUGAACUACAUCACUUCCUCUCUUUCUCUUUGCCUUCUCCUGCUGAAGUGUAUAUGUACAUGUAAAACACAGAGUUUUAUGUGUAUGUAUAUGAUUUUAAGUACUGUAUGUGAAACACAUUUUGUCGUGAUACAGGUACAAAACUGCAGUGUGGACACUCAGCCAGCAACUAUUUCCAAUAUCUAAUCACAUUACAUUGAUACGCAGAUAAAUGGAGGCAGUAUGUUGAUGAGUGUGUCUUACAGGGAGAGUGACAGUCAGAUUGUUUAUCGUACGAUCAGAGAGAAAACGUUCCAGUGUUUACAGAAAGCUUCAGUGCAGGAGUAUAAAUUCACAAACAUACACGGCAGUAUCGUCAGCGUAUAAACACACCAAACACAAAGAGGAUGUCACUGAAGAGCUUUUCUAUUCUUCGACGUUUUGUAUUUUGACUUCAGAACACCAAACCUGAUCAGAUAUUUUAAGAUUCUAUAUUUUGUACAUUAAUAUAUUAGAGAGCUAUCUUUAAACACCAAUGUGUAUUCAGAUGUAGAUACUGUAUCACUCUCAUGCUGGGACUUCUGAACUCUUCACAGGUGUCGCCUGGUCUGAGCAUUUUUGCCACAGCUGAGGUCCCGUAAAUCCCAGCAGAAUGCCUGCUCUUCUUGCUCUUCUCACCAAAAUGAGCACUUUAGGUCUGCAGGAAGUCGAGCGUUUCUGAUGAUACCCCUUCACUGGUCUGCUAGAAUCUCAUGUUGAGAAGGAAAUGUCAAACUGAGUGCUCUGAAAGAUGGACUAGAUGACAGCAGUCUUUGGGCACUCUGGUUCAUUCAGCCGUCCACCUCUUCUUGCGUUGCCCUGCCCCUCCCUCUCUUUGCUUGCUCAAUCAGAUGGUAUGACCCAAUGAAUGUCCAAUGAUCUCCGAUGAGGCCUUUAAUAUGAACUCUGACAGUGGUGAGGAUGCUCAUUCUAUGGACUGGGGCAGAUGAGUCCACGUGAAAGUGUGUCCUCUCCUGCCAUUUUGCUUUUUCUUAUCAGAGCUGUUUUCUUCAGUAUUACAGUGUCACUCAACAUUAGCAGCAAACUGUCUUUCACCUGCCUUGAUUCAUAGACUUUGGAGUUUUUUGUUUUCUUAGUGAAGUUCUUACCAAACAUUACAGCUGGUUCUGUUUGUCUUGGCCGGGUCAGAAAGUGCAGCAAACAUUUAGAUGGAAACUCAAGUUUCUUACAUAAUAAAUAAAACAUAGUGAGUCCAGCAUCCUAGUAGUUUAACGAAUCUAUAAAUUAAUAUCUGAUUAUAUCACUCCCCAACCUUUCUGACAUCCUAAAUGUAGUUUUUAAGCACGCAUUUCUCAAAGGUGUGAGAAUUAAAGAAAACUGGGUUAGGAUUGACUUAAAAUCAAUUAAAGUGAAAGUGCCACCAGAAUACGUUAAGACAUUAUCAGUGUUCAAUACGGAUAUGUUUAAUGGUCAAUAUAUAUGCGAAUAGUAUCUUUUCAUACAAAUAAAUCCUAGCUAGAUUUAAAAAGCUAAUUUGAUAUCUAAUUAACCCUCUACAGCUCUGAUUGGCCAGCUGAAAUUUCCUUUUUUUUGAGUCUGACCAAUCAGAGCUCUCCCUGCUGCCUUUGUUUUGGUCAAAUGUGGCAUAAUAGGGAUGCACAAUAGUGUUUUUUUUUUUUUUUUUUUUAAUAUUCUGAGCUUUAGAUAUUUGUUUUAGCCAAUACCAGUGACCCAGUAUGACCUGUUAAUGAAAUAAAUUCAUCUUAUUGUUUAUUACGAUGCCCAUUUGUUUUGGCACAUGAAAACAGUCAUUCAUACCAGGAUCUGUAACAGAGCUGACAAUCAGAUUAGCAUGAUUGUUCCCUAAGACUUGUUCUUAAGUUCCUGAAUAAAACAAAAAACACAUUCUUCCCAAAGGGGAAAAAAAUGAAAGCUGUUGUAUUUCACAACUCAAAUUCCAGUCUUUUUUACACACUUUAAAGUUUGAGGAAUGAGGAAAAGAAAGAAUAAAAGUUAAGCUGAGGUAGCUAUGUUGAUUCUGCUUAAAAUUGCACAACUUAUUCAUACACUUAGCCGAUAAUCACGGCUCAUAUAAACUUAAAACAAAAAAUAAGGAAAUUUGUGUUUGGAACAUUAUUUCUUUGUUGUAACAAUGC